AUGGAUAACAUCAGUGAUACGAACAACAGAAUUGAUGCCAUCAAAUUAAAUGAUGAUAUUACAGGAGAUGUGAAUGCCUUGAUUGAUGUUGAAUUGAGUUCUUCCAUUGAUGUUGAAUCAAUUCCAGUUGGCACUAUUCGGGGUGCAACUGAAGAGAAUUCACCGAUUGGAGUUCAUGCUAGUUCUUGUAAUGCUAUGGAUGCUAGUUCUUCUAUUCCAGUUAAUCAGGACUUGUUGGGGAUUACAGUUGCUUCAAUUGAAGAAGCAUAUAAUUUAUAUAAUGAUUAUGCUUCAAGAUUGGGAUUUAGUGUUAGAAAGGGCAAGCAGUAUUACGUUCCCGGUACUCACAUUAUUAAAACAAAAAAAUUCCACUGUGCAAAGGCUGGUUUCAAGUCUAAUACAAAUAAGUCUUCAAGGUCAUAUUCAAGGGUAGACACACGAACAGGGUGUACUGCAGGUUGUCAGUUUGAUAUGGCAUCUAAUGGGCAGUUGAUUGUGACAAAACAUGUAAAGGAUCAUAACCAUGAGUUUUGCCCACCUUCGAAAAGUUAUCUUCUUCGGUCACACCGAAGUGUUGGUGCUAAUCAAUUGUCUUAUUUAAAAGACUUGAAAAGGAGUGGGGUUGCACUGUCGGAUGGCAUCCUUUUUUUGAAGCAUCAGUCUGGAGGUUCACCUUUCGUUGGAUUUACACCAAGGGAUGCAUAUAAUAGCCUACUUAUAGAUUCGAUAAAGAGCCUAGAUGGCACCGAUUCGAAUUCAUUAAUUGAGAUCUUUAGGCAGAGGCAAUUAAAUGAACCUAACUUUUUCUUUGAUUUUGAAGUGGAUGGCAAUGCAAGAUUGUGUAGUUUUUUUUGGAGGGAUGCAAGAAUGAAGGAGGAUUUUGUGUUGUUUGGUGAUUUAGUAGUACAUGACACAACGUAUCGUACUAAUAAGUACGAUAUGAUUUGUGGUCCCUUUGUUGGCAUGAAUCACCAUUGUAUGAACAUAAUGUUUGGUUGUGGGUUUUUAUUGAAUGAAAGGAUUGAAUCAUUUGUUUGGUUGUUUAAGACAUUCUUGCGAGCUAUGGAUGGUAAGUGUCCACAAACAAUCAUGACCGAUCAGUGUUCUGCUAUGUCUGCUGCAAUUUCACAAGUUUUCCCAAGUGCAAGACACAGACUUUGUAUUUGGCAUAUUCGAGAGAAUUCAAAAAAGCAUAUCAAAGGUUUAAGGAGUCAAAAAGGCUUUAUGGAGUUAUUUAAUCUUCUAUUAAAGUACACGGACACUGAAGCUGAGUUUGAAUUUUAUUGGAAUAGGAUGGUGACAGAGUAUAAGUGCCAUACAAAUGCUUGGUUAGACAAAUUGUAUGUUAUUAGGGAGAAGUGGUGUCCUGCUUUUAGUAAAGAUUACUUUUCUGGAGGUAUUUUAUCGUCCCAACGAAGUGAGACUACAAAUCAUUCAGUUUCAAGAAGGUUAUCUAAAACAUCUGGGUUGUGUGAUUUUUAUAACUCUUUUGUCAAUGUGGUUUCUGAGUGGAGAAGUAAAGAGAAUGGAGAAGAUGUCCGGUGUUCUCAAGGGUUGCCUACAAUGGCAUUGGAUCAUGUGAAGCUUCUUUUACAUGCUAGGAAUGUAUACACCAUAGAGGUAUAUUACUUGUUUGAACAACAAUAUUUGAAAGGUGCUGCAUGUCAUCAAGAGAUUGUGGCAAGCAAUGCUAAUGAGUUUAAAUAUCACAUUUGGCGCCCAGAUAUUGACAUUAUUCGACAUGAAGUUUGUUUCAAUAUGAAGGAUAUGACAAUAUGUUGUACUUGCAAGUUUUUCUCAGAGAUGGGCAUCCUUUGUUCACAUUGCUUGCGUAUUUUUAACAUUCAUUGUAUUGAAAAAAUUCCCGAGAAAUAUAUUUGUAAUAGGUGGACAAAAAAGGUGGCUGAAGACAGGAUAAUGGAUAUUGCAUCAUCUUCUAGUACUUUUACCGUUGCUUCUCCAAUUUGGGUUAUAGAAAUGGGUAGAAAAUUGCAAAGGUUGGUUCUAUCAAGUCAAGACAAUUGCAAAGCUCGACAAGUCUGUGAAGAAAUUUUUGAAGAUGGUAGAAGAAGGAUUGAAGGUGAGGUUGGUCCCAUUUGCUUUGAUGAUUUGGAAAGACCCAUGCCAAGUGGUGGUAUACAAAAUCCAGAACGAAGUGGUGUAAAAGGUGUUCGUAAUCGAAGGCCAAUUAGUACACUACAAAAAAAGUAUAACCAAGCCAGAAGUCGAAAGAAUUAUGCAAAGACGGUUGAAAAAAACACAAAGGCUGUAGUCCAAUCUUCUGUGCAGCAAGUUGUUUCUGAUAUUGUUGGUAGUGGUUAUCUUGUUCAUCCUAGUGGCAAUACUAGUUCAGAGUUGAUUUGUGUUAGGUCUAAGUCUCAAAACAAUUCAAAUGAUAAUUAG